ACUUAAUUUUGUUGAGAAGCAUUUUUAGGAAAAAACAGAAGAUUUCUCCAUUCGGACAACACAUAAAAGUUACUAUGUCACCUUGGCACCCGACACUACCCUGAAAGGUUGGAGAAAGUCGCGUUGUUUGUCGACAAGCCACAGGUAAAACCUAACUGACCGAUUCUGUUUAAAAAUAGCUGGUCACGCCUACCUGCGCCAACUGCGCAUGCUCCGUCCGGGGAUUCGUGACGUAGUUGAGUGGAAAAGCCCACCUGCCGCAAAGGUGUUUCCGUGUGCAAAGGUGUCGCUUGUUUUUAACACUUUGUGCUACCUGUAAGGGUGUCCUCACAACUCCAGUCAUUUUUUACUCGACAGCUGAUAUACAAGUCGUUCGCCAUAAGAGGCAGCCGGCAGCAUGUCGGAAGUUGCCACCAUCGACCACACUUCGGUGUACGUGGACGUUGAGAAACGCAAAAACGGACCGGUGACCUCACAGCCUGCGAAAGGUCAAGGCCAACAAGGUCAAGCAGAAUUCGACGCCGAAACGGCUAAAGUCAUCUUCACUCAAGGUGGACUACCAAUCGUUGCCCAGCAACCAGACCCGAAAGAGAAACCCAAAGAUUGGGUCAACACCUCCUGUGCCGUCAUCUUCCUCUGUAACUUUGUCUUCGGCCUGCUGGGCUGGCACUAUGGCUCCAAGUCGAAUAACGCUUGGCAGGUCGGGGACAUCGAAGAAGCCCGAAGACAUGGGAGGAAAGCCCUCAUCUUCGCCAUCUGCGGUGUCAUCGCCGGGCUGUGUACGUACGCGCUCGCCUUCGGCCUCUUCUUCGGCGUCUACGCUCCCGCCAACAGCAGAUGACAGUCACGUGACGGUAAAACCUACGUUGACGUCACUGAACAUGGCGUCGUGCCGCAGAAGAUGAUAUUUAUGACAGUCUAUCGUGCACUUGUCAUUUCAUGUUCGUUCACUGGUCAGUUUGCUUGCCGUCCAGUUUAACUUCCCUCGAAAACUAUUAUUCGAGCAUUGCUUCUUGGUGUGGCAGAGCUGGUCAACUAACCGAUAUCGAAGGGGUCUAUCCAUCCACUAUAACUGUGAUACUACACCUGAAAGAGUUGUGAAUUUUGAAAAUGGAGAACGGGGAGAUGUUUUAUAUUUAUUUUGUAUUUAUAACAUAAUAGAUAUGUCUGUUGUUGACAGACGCAUGAAAAGAUCUGCGACACUGAUUAGAAAUGUUUUGCACAUCGUAUGCAGUGUCUCCUACUCUGCAAGCAAUAACAGUAACUUUCAAUCAUAUUGAUAGAACAGCUAUAUGGUAGUCGCCUACAUGGCAACCCCCGUCUGUGGAAACAAAUGAUCCAUUAUUGGUAAGAGGAGUCUGUAGUGUGUUAGAAACCGAUUUAGAAUACAUUUUAUUCGCUCUUGUGUAAUUUUUUUAAUGUGACCGAGCUCUGCGCGCAUUGCUUGUUGCAAAAGACUGAAUUUUGGUAUCGAUUUCUACGGGAGCAAGACGAUUAUAGCAAGACAUUCGACCUUGAUAUUGUCUUAAACAGUGUUGGUUCGACCUAUUGCUCGACAUGCAGGGAAGGUUAUACAUAUAUAUACUUACAAUAACAACAUUUAUUAAUUUUUAAAUAUUCCACUGGGCCAGUCACAAACAGCAGCCAGUUUGGAGCUUACAGUUCUGCAACUCGGCCAGUGCCAGCCAGUGCAUGGGUGUUUCUCCAUCGUGUCAAUCCUAUACGACUGUAGCCCAGCAGUUGAAUCUUUUUUCCCCUUCCUCAAAUCGGAACUUUAGUUGCCGUAAGGCAACGAAUAUUUCUGGUAUUUUGGUUUCAGCAGAAGUUAGGCCCGAGCAUAGGCUGUGUGAUGAGCAGACAGAACAAACAGGACCUGUUGAAACAAUGUUUUACUUUAAAUAAAUACUAGAAAAAAAGACUUGCUGCGGGCUCAACAGCAACAGCAACACUGAUUGAAGAUAACCUAUUAAUGUUAAAUAUGCACUUAUUUCUAUUUUAGGAAAGGCCCCCUGGACUGCUGUUUUUACUCGCAAUAUUUUACAUGCAUUUUUAGAACGUUAUUCUUAUUUUACAUUUUACAGCAUUUCUUUCCACGCCAGUACUUUCACAAACUCUUUUCUAUAUAGAUCUUUUCAAUGUUCGCUGCCAUUUGCCUUCUUCUACUUCCCUCUUUCUUCUUUCAUCUUCUUCUUCUCUUACAUUUCUACGUUUUAAACGCCCGAAGUCUGACAUUCAGUAUCCCGAGAAGUGUCCAACUUACUGUGUUGCCCUGUGCUAUUCAUGUGUUUGUCAUUACAUUUGUGCAUUCUCACUCACGGUGUCAAACUCAUAUCAUUUCCGCCCAGCACUUCUCAUACACGGUAUACACCAUGUGCUCGAUACUUUUGUAUGAUCCGUGUACUAUUUAUACAAUGCUGUCCACGAAGCUAAGCUGUCCUAAGAAGCGAUUUGUUGACAGUUGUUGCAUGCCACGUGAACUCUAGCAAGGUAGCGGGAUUAUAGUUGUACAUUUUUUACAUUCAAGAGGUUUUAAAAAAAAAUUAUUUUGUUAAACAAUCCUACAAAAAGUUUAAAUGAGUUAGAAAUAAGUCGCUCGCCGACUGACCUUUUUUUAUUUUUAGUGGCGAGAACCGCUGGUCUCAAUGUUCAGUGUUAUGAGGAAAAUAAAUGUGUGAAUGUGCAAGGGUCUAUCCUUGUGUGUAGAAACGACAAUCCAAGAAACACGAUUUGUGUGUGUGUGAGGAGGGAGCGGGGCAUGCGUAUCAAUGUAUGUGAUGACAAUAACACUUAUCUGUAAAUUUUCAUUUUUGUAAAAGUGUUAGUUUUUUUUGUGUGUGUUUGUGUAGCACGAUAUGAACCUGACUCAUGUAUCGAGCUGCUUAAAUUCAUUGAUGAUAAUGAUGAUGAUGGGAGUGAAUAUGAGGGACCCUCACCUACUUCCCCAAAACAAAUUAAAUGCGUGAAGUUACUAGACAAAGAAACAGAUGGACGAAAAGGCGAUGUAAGAUUGUGUACAGUGAAAGAGACCGUAGAGAGUCCAUGAAAAGGGAGAUAAUGCACAAAUGUGUAACUUGAUGUUCCAUAUUUAAUUUAUAAAUGAAGAAUAUUUUUCUGAAAUUCCAGAAGUGCACAUGCACAAGCUUUAUAUUUUUUCAAACUGCAUAGAAGUGAUGAAAUGUGAACAAUCUAUACAUUUUCAGAAAAAAAUAUUUUCCUAUUAACCAGUAUGAAAGAAGUGUCAACAAGUGUAUAUUGUAAGAUUAUGAAGAUGGCGCUAUUUUUGUAGAUGUAAAGCUGAAGGUAUGAAGUUCUCUAGCUACAAACUGGAAAUUAUUGACUUGAAAAAUAUCUUUGUUCUAAGUUUAGUGCAAACAUGAGGAUGUCGAUCUAAACUGGAUCAUAUUUGGAAAUUAUUAAACGAUGGAUUACAUUCUGAAGAUACCAGAUGUCGGACCUAAAAUACAAAAUUAUCGGGUAAUUGAUCUACGUUGGAACUGCAGUUAAAUUUGUUCAUAAUGGACUAUCUCGCACCUCCACGUUUUGUUUAAAUUUUACUCUGUUUUAUGGAUCUGGAUUUUUAGUUUAUCAAGUAAUCAGUGUGUAUUUUAAAGGUCUCAAGCCAUGAAUCUGUUUUGUGUUGGAGGUGUGAUGUAGUUAUCAAGUGAGUUAUGCAUGUGCACGUGCAGCCAAACUUGAACUUGAGUGUUUGACCUGGUGGUGAACUUUUUGAUGUUGUUGCAGGCGACAGGUAAUCAAAUAACCAGUGUACACAUUUCGAGAUUAACCAGAAAAGAAAUGCACAUUCUCAUAUCAGUGAGCACUGAACUUAUUGUGUGAAUCUUAUAAAGUGAUUUUUUAUAUUGUCUGAAGGGCCUUCAUAAGAGAUUAUUAUGAUUAGCUCCUGGGUUUGGUUAAGGGACCUACUAUACGAUAUAUUAAGACAGUUGUUAGUUUAUCAAUUGUGUAAAAAAAGAAAACCUUUAUUUUGGAAACGAAAGAAAACAUUUGGGGUGAACAUUCCAUUAUAACUUAUUUAUGGUCGAAUAAAACGAAGCCAGAUGCUGUUA